AUGCGGGGUUUCUGCGUCGGAAGAGGUUCAGAGCCGGCUGCUGCACUGACAUCACGUGACCCGCUCAGCCUGACACCACGUGACCCGCUCAGCCUGACACCACGUGACCCGCUCAGCCUGACACCAUGUAACUUCCUCAGCCUGAAAUCAUGUGACCCACUCAGCCUGCUAUCACAUGACCCGCUCAGCCUGACACCACGUAACCCGCUCAGCCUGACACCACGUGACCCGCUCAGCCUGACACCACUUGACCCGCUCAGCCUGACACUGCGUGACCCGCUCAGCCUGACACCACGUGACCCGCACAGCCUGACACCGCAUCACCCGCUCUGCCUGACACCACGUGACCCACUCAGCCUGACACUGUGUGACCUGCUCAGCCUGACACCACGUGACCUGCUCAGCCUGACAUCACGUGACCCGCUAGCUUGA